AUGUCACUGCCCCUGUACGGCGUUUCCCGCUGUGAAUUCGAGGCUGCCCGCGGUCGACGCCGGAGAGGAGACGUCAUCCAUGAUGGACGACAGCUCUGCACAAAGGCAGAACGUGUCAUUCUUGCCAAUUGGCUGUCGACAAUGAGCGAUUUGCGCAGCAGUCGAACCAGAAGUCAAUCAACGCUAGCCAUUUGUGAGAUUCUACAAGUUCGCGAACGCGCGUUGCAAGACCAAACACGCCUCCAACCGGUUAUUGCAGACAGCAUUGCGCCUUUAUCGGCACCAGAACGGAAGCUUCUGCGGCAAAAAGAGGCGUACGAUCUAUCUCCAGCUGAGGCUGUCCGCCCCACAAUUAGCUUAUCGCGCAUUUGGGGUGUUGAUGAGAUGCCGGGCCUACGCACUGGACUUGGCACGACGCAGGUGUACACCUCAAUGGCUCGACGCGAGGAUGCCGGGGUUGUGCGAGGUCGAACACACAACGAGCCAGUCACCGCUGUUUUGGCAAUUUGCAUGGAUGGUGACAUGGCCCCACCCAUGAUGAUACAUGCGCGACGGGCCUUGAGUCCGCGAGCUAUUGGUCCUGCCCAACUUCCGUCUACAGUUGCAUCCGACGCGUCAUUUGACCACUUCAUGAUUUGCAGCACCCAUUCAGGCUAUAUCAAUCGGCGCCUUUUUGUUGCCUUUUGUCGGCGGCUCAGGGCAUACAUUGGCGAUCAAGAGCCAUUGUUGCUGCUUUCAGACGGCCAUACCACGCGCAUCGACGCUGAUGUUGUUGCAUACCUUCGUACCAUCAACAUUUUUCUCCUUGUCAUCCCACCCAACACCAGCCAUGCCCUUGCGCCAUCUGACCAAUGGCAUUGCUAUAUCCAUCAGAAGCGGCGAGACCUGUGUUUGCUCACAACCGGGGUUGUGUAUGGGCAUGCCCCAACGUUGGACGAAGAAAUUCAGGCGCUCUACCGUGCCAUUAAUGUUCAACGCGAGUACCCAAGUCGGAUUCAAUCUGCAUUUCGUCAUGCUGGGUUGUCCAAAACCUCUCGAGGCACGGAACAUAUGUCAAGCCAACCCAGGUUAUCGCGUGCGCACUCGCCAAACCCACGGCGCCGUGUCACCACUGAAGGAUCAACAACGCCCUCUCACAUACGCCACGCAAGCCGUGAGAUCGAUGAGGACAUGCCUCGAACGCCAACUCCUCCAAGUUCCGACUCGACACCCUUCAGCUCCAGCAUGUCUACCCCGCGGAAGAUUGCAAAAGCACGCAGCUUAAGCAAAGCUUGCGAGCGACUUCAAGGCGUUGUUAGUCAGCUUCAACACGCGUUGGACAGCAGUCGUGUUGCAUUGACCAACUUGCAAGUUGAUCUGAGCCCGAGGCUUCAAAUACCAACUCCUCGCCGAGGCUCUCGGCGGUCCCAGGUUUGGGGUGGCCUGUCUUGGGGUGACAGCGCACUUCGCCUCGAGCAGCAACAACAAGCCAGGAGGCAUCACGUUCGACGCAACCAGCGUCAUGCAAGCGAGGCAGAUCUAUGCGCAGCUUUAGGGGUGCACAGGAUCACAAUAUCGGCCCUCAAAGCCGCGUGUCGUGAUCGUCGUUUAUCCUCAACCGGGAGUCGCGCAGACCUCAUCAGCCGUGUUCGAGGCUCAUUGGGUCUCCAAUCACCUGACACUGCGUUUUCACAUGCAGAACAAGUGCAAGGCUUCACCGAGCAAGAUCCUGUACGUGAUACAGCUGCGUCAUCGGCUUCCAUACCCCCAACGAUGGCCAGCACCCCUCUGACAUCCUCUGAUACGGGGAUGUCGCAAGAAACCGAGGAUCCUGUCUUAGCUGACACAAAUACAGCAUCCACAAUGCAUUUAUCAGUGAACCCAGAUGAAUGCGGAUCGAAUGAAUACCAUCUUGCUCACAACGCCCCUGCUGACUUUGCGUUCUGGCUUCGACCCAUCCCUGCAAACACGUUACUAUCAUCACGUGAAGAGCAAGACCACAACCCGUCAACGCUUGCAGCAAUGGAGAUGGUCCAGCCGGAUCCUCUUGAGAUGCAACAAAUUAUUGAACGUCUUGACGACGGCUGCCGCCGUCAUCGAGAUCAUAUGGCUGCGUUGAAGCGCCCCCACACCUAA